AUGUCCACCUUAAUUAUACCACUGGUUUCUACCGGUAAUGUUCCUCAACUAACAGUUGAUUUAUUGUUACAUAAUGAGCAUACCAAUUAUAAAUAUGUUAAAGAUUUAAAUGCACAAUUUUUGCAUCCAUUUCUAGGUCCAUUAGAUAAGCUCUCAGGCGAACAAGGUAUUAGCAAAUUGUAUACCAAUGAUGAUGCUUCUACUUCAUCAAAAAUAAACGUAAAACAAUUCUCUACACCAAUUGAAUUGUAUUACAGUAAAAAAGAAAACACAUAUAUCAUACAACAACGUACUCCUAUCGUGCCAACCUAUGAAAAUAAUUUUAUUAAUUCAGCUAUAUUGCCCUUAUUAAAAGAGUACAAAAAUGAAAUUAAAAAAAUUAUAGUACUAGAUAGUAUUGGACCUUAUGAAAUGCAGGUGGCCGACAAUAAUAAUGACAGCGAUAAUUCUAUCUAUAUAGAAGAUAAAAUAUUUUCUUCAAGAGUGUCUAUUGGUGAAAAAAAUGAUUCUAAUUCAAUUGAAGAUAUAGACAAGAAAUAUUUAGCUUUAUCAUUGUUAUCUUCUCCAAGUGACACUGCAAUUAAAAGCAAUAACAUUGACAAACUAUUACUUAAUUUUACUUCACGUAAGGAAAAUUUCCAACUCGGGUUAGACAGAACCAGAUUUGCCUUCAAAUUGAUUUAUCAUAUCUUGCAUUUUAACAUACAUUUGGAUUUAUCAUAUUUUGACAUGUUUGUUUAUGAAGGCGACAAUUCACAAGAUGCUGCUUAUUUAGUAGAAAUUUUAUACACUUACAACUAUAAAAAUAUGGUGUCCGAAAACAGUGCAAAUAGAAUAAAGAAAUUGACUAUUAAAGAUCUAUCUCCACCAAUAUCGUGGAAGGGUUUGUAUGGUUUUGGUGAAGUGCCAGAUUCUAUGGAACAAGGACUAUAUAUAUAA